CUGGGUCAGCAUUCUUCAUUCGUCCUCGGCAAUAACCAGACAAGGUCUAGUAUCAUGGGCAAACACGGACGCGAUGAUUCGGCGCAACUAGCCAAGCAAGAAAAGAAAAGGAGGAAGAAGGACCGCAAAGAAGCCGUCCGCUUCGAGGAUAUCACCCCAAGUUCCACGGACGCUACAGCCAAUUCGACACCGGCACCAGAGAAUGACGGCGAAGAGGCCGUUUACAAACCCAAUGCCGCCCUCCACUCCCUCCCUCAAGCUGAUGUUGACGACUUCUUCAAGUCGCAGUCUGUCCAGACCAGCGACCCCCGGAACACAAACCUAAGGCCAAUCCUGGCGUUUUCCCACCUUCCUAUUGAGCUGGCUACUCAAUUCUCGAGCAUCUUUUCAUCCUUCGAAAAGCCUUCGGCCAUCCAGUCCGCCGCAUGGCCGUUCCUGCUGUCAGGUCGGGAUUUUGUAGGAGUGGCAGAGACUGGUAGCGGCAAGACAAUCGCUUUCGGCCUACCCUUGGUCGUGCGGCUUUCGGCGUUGAAAAAGAGGAAGGGCAUAAGAGCGGUCAUUGUUGCACCCACAAGGGAAUUGGCCAUUCAAGUGUUUGAGCAGAUUGACAAAUUGUGCAAGACUGCUCACCAGUUGAAGGCAACGUGCAUCUAUGGCGGGACCAACAAGGACGAACAGAGACGGACUCUCCAAGGAGCCAAUAUCGUCGUGGCUACUCCUGGCAGGCUGAAGGACUUCAUGUCUGACGGCACCAUCGAUGUCUCGAAAACUCGAUAUUUAGUCCUCGAUGAAGCCGAUCGUAUGCUCGACAAAGGAUUUGAGGAUGACAUUAAGCACAUCAUCUCGCAUAUGCCUUCUCCGAGCAAGCGACAGACAGCCAUGUUCACAGCUACAUGGCCCAAGUCGAUCCGAGAGCUUGCUGCAACUUUCAUGAAGGAGCCUGUCAAGAUCACCAUCGGCCGAAAUGAUGCUGAUGAUUCAGGCGAGCUUCGUGCUAACACACGGAUUGUCCAGAAAGUCGAGGUCGUCGAUGGCUCGAUAAAGCAGCAACGACUUCUGCAGUUGCUGAAAGAACACACGGGUGGCAUGAAGCGGAACGACCGUAUUCUUGUCUUCUGUCUGUACAAGAAAGAGGCUCUCCGAAUUGAAAAUUUCAUUCGCAGCCGCGGCUUCAAUGUGGCCGGGAUUCAUGGCGAUAUGUCACAGUCUGCACGAAUUGCUAGUCUUGAGUCGUUCAAGUCAGGCUCCGUAAGUCUCCUUGUGGCAACUGAUGUCGCCGCAAGAGGGCUUGACAUCCCUGAAGUCAAGGUCGUGAUCAACGUCACGUUCCCAUUGACAGCGGAAGAUUAUGUUCAUCGGAUUGGUCGUACCGGGCGUGCUGGUAAAGAUGGUCUAGCCAUCACUAUGUUCACUGAACAGGACAAACCACUCGCAGGAGCGUUAGUCAAUGUUCUCAAAGCUGCGAAACAAGAUGUACCAGAGGCGUUGAUGAAGUUUGGUACGACCGUGAAGAAGAAGCAGCAUGAUUCGUAUGGUGCGUUCUAUCGCGAAGCAGAGGAUGGAAAGACAGCCACAAAGAUCACCUUUGAUGAUUGAAAUGUUUAUGUACUGGCGUUUGGAUCGCUCGUGGUAUUACUCGGUCGCGCUUUGGUCGAAGAUUGUUUGUCCAGGCCAGGUAUUUUUGCAGCGAGGCGUUGGGGUACGAUAGAUUGUAGCAUUUGCAGCAAAAAGUCUCGCUCGGCGAAAAGACUAGAAAAGUG